CUCGCGCAUAUAGCCAUCCAAACUUCCCACCAUGCCCCCUAGAAAGAAAGCCAGGAAGGGAACAGCGCGCACCGAGCCUCCUACGAGUGGCACGCCUCCGAGUCAGGCUGCGGAGAGUGCUGUACUAGAAGGCUCGGCAGCUACGGAUGCAGGUCCCUCCAACCGCACUCCCCCUCGCCGCGCUAUCCGUGGGAGACGUGGUGGCCUCAAGGACAUACCCAACAUGCCGCUGGAUAUAUUGAUAGAGAUAUUCAGCUGCAUGCACCCGCGCGACCUGUUAAACAUCGCGCGCACGUCGAAGGCCUUCCGCGCUUUUUUGAUGAGUCGAAGUGCUGCGCCCUUCUGGAAGGCGGCGCGGAAGCAGGUCGAGGGUCUCCCUGAAUGCCCUUCGUUUCUAAGUGAGCCACAGUACGCCAACUUGCUGUUCUUCACGAACUGCCAUAACUGCCUGAAGCCGAACAUCCAGACUACGGUCUGGGAGAUCUAUGCUCGCUACUGCCAACCGUGCAAAGACAAACUGAUCUUGCCUGACGUGUUCAAUGGUCACGCUUUGUUGAGAGAAAUAAAGACGGAAGUCGAAGUGGACGUGACAGAAUUCAUCACCGUAAUAUAUGUUUCACAAACGAAGCAUGUGCCGUAUCACAUGGCUUGUUUCCAUCUCCCCGAAGUCUUGCGCCUUCAAGAAAAGUGGAAAGGAUGCACAACUGACAACGAGAAGACGCGCUGUAUUCAAGAACAAGCGGAUACUCUCAAGGAGAGAAAGGCUCCACUUAAUGCGCUGAGGCUUUGGAAGGCUGCUCAGCUAGAUGGUAGAGCCGCAGAAUUGGAAGCCAUCAGGCAAGCUCGGGUCCAGAGUAUCUUGGAACGGCUCCGGCAAGAGGGCUGGGAAGACGAAUUGGGUCGCAUGUCAAGAUACACCCUUCAUAGGCUCGAAGCGCUCAAGGUUGUUCGCAAGGCCCAGAAGCUCACUGAAAAUGCAUGGCGAUCUAUCCGGCAAGAAGUCGUAGACUAUGUGGAGGGAGUACGCACUGCCCGCCUCGCACACGAGCGACACCAGCUCAUUUGUGAGCGGCUCAACAUCCUACACGAUGUCAUCUCCGCCCGCGAGGAUUUGCAAGGACGUAGGACUGCCAAGUCGGAUAUCCAGGCUGGAUUUUCGGACCUGGCCUUGGCGCCUCAAUUCCAAGCACUCGCGGAGGCGCCUUCCACCACAGAGAUCACUCGGGCCGAUUUCGAGGCGUUGCAGGACACGAUACCCGCCCUCGCUGCUGAAUGGUUUGCAGAACGCAAAGCGGAGCUUCUUCCGAAGGUUGAGGCCGUCCUCAAAGCUCCAAACGGCGUCGACCCCCUCUCGCUCGCGAUCGUCACCUUCCACUGCGCCUCCUGUGAGCGCGAGGACCUCAGAUGGCCGAACAUCCUUGCGCACAAGUGCGUGCGCGGUUCGACCUACAUUGGCGCCCCGUACAAGCGCGCGCUAUCAACCGUUUGCGCAAAGAAGGGACAUCGGUUUCCUUGGCGAGAUCGCAAGAACGUGUUCUCAAUCAGCCCCAAGGUGGCGGCCGCCCGCUCUGUCGUCGCUGCUUGUGGGCUGGAUCCGGACAUGGCAACACACGAGGAGAUGGACGAAUGUGAGGCCAGGCUGGUUUGCACGGCUUGUUCAGCAGAUCCCAUGGUGCAAUGCCGGGAAGCAUUGGAUUGGUGGCGAGCGGUCGCGCACAAGCCGCCCGCGUUCAAGAUGGGACCAAAAUCUGGCUGUGGAGGCAAAUGGAAGGUCUUGGACGCCGAGCUCGCUGCGCGUGUUCGUGAGCGCGAGCAAGUCAUCACCUCGUCGCUGGCGGGCUUCGACAUGCACCUCCAAAUUACGGCCCCGUUGAUGUCCUGCACGCGCUGCCACCAUCGCAGCCGCACCGGUGUGGUCGAACAUUGCAAAAGUCAGCACAAUGUCGCAGACCCGCAGGCCGAGGAAGACUUCUACAUCUACCCGGAUUGUCGGCCGUUCGCGCGGACCGUACGUAUCUACCCUGAGAAGACGGAUCCCUUGUCGAGUUUGCGUAUAAGCGCAAGCGUUGCACACGGCGCCGGGAUGUAUUCCUCCGCCGCCUUUGAGUAGGACCAACCCCUCACAUCGAGCAUCACACAGUGACGCUCCCCGGUCUUCGUGUCU